AUGAAUUUGGGCGAUAAAAGCAAUAACGAGAUUCUUUUUUUGAAUUUUAAUCAAGAUUUCAGUUGCAUUUCCAUCGGCACUGAAAGAGGCUAUCGAAUUUACAAUUGCGACCCUUUUGGAAAAUGUUACUCUAAACAGGCGGGUGGAACUGGUAUUGUUGAGAUGCUGUUCUGUACCUCACUUGUGGCGUUGGUUGGGGCGGGUGAACACCCCGCUUUCUCACCAAGACAACUGCAAAUUAUAAACACAAAGAGACAAACAACGAUAUGCGAAUUGUCUUUCCCCACGGCCAUUUUAGCCGUGAAAAUGAACAGAAGGCGACUGAUUGUCGUACUGGAGGAGCAAAUCUUUUUAUAUGAUAUCAGCAACAUGAAAUUACUUCAUACUAUUGAUACCAAUCCCAAUCCAAAUGCCAUCGUUGCUUUGUCUUCUUCCAGUGAAAAUUGUUUUAUUGCUUAUCCUGCUCGCUCAUCAACAUCCCCGUUUUCACCAAACAGUGGCUCAUCCAAUGCUUACUAUAUUUCCGGCGAUGUUGAAAUAUUUGAUGCCUUAGGAUCACAAACGAGCAAUAUUAUUCAAGCUCACAAAUCACCUAUCAGUUGUAUUUCGAUGAAUUCAGAAGGUACUCUAUUGGCUACUGCUAGUGAAAAGGGCACAGUCAUUCGUAUCUUCUCCACUUUGGAUGCGACCAAAGUAUACCAAUUUAGACGUGGAUCUUACCCUGCCAAGAUUUAUUCUAUGUCCUUUAAUCUUGUCAGCUCAUUAUUGUGUGUUUCAAGUGAUACUGAGACUGUGCAUAUCUUUAAACUAUCCACAUCAAACAACGCAUCGAAUGGAGCAAACGGCAAUGGAUACAACUAUGAUCACCAAUAUCAGCAGCAGCAGCAACAGGGUCUCGAUAAGGAUUCAAGAGGGAGAAGUUCGAGUGUGGGACAAAUGCUUCGACGCUCUUCCAUGCACCUAGGCAGAAACUUAGCUGGAAGUGUUGGUUCGUACCUACCUAAUGUUGUUACCGAAAUCUGGGAGCCCAGUCGUGAUUUUGCAUCACUUAAACUGCCAAGCGCAGGUGUGAGAAGUUUAGUUGCUCUUAGCAGCACGACACCACAAGUCAUGGUUGUCACCUCUGAAGGCUAUUUUUACCAGUAUAAUAUUGACCUGGAAAGCGGAGGCGAAUGCGUUUUAUUGAAACAGUAUAGCUUGUUAGAACCUACAGAAGAUGCAAAUGGUGUGGAGUAA